CCAAGAGUUUUUUGUACCCAAUACACUCAAAGCACUAAGAGUAUUAUUUCUUACAAUUCUCUCUAUUAUUUCAUCACUUUCUCUCCGAACAACAGAAAUGGCCGGAAAGAUUGCAUGCUUUGUGGUUUUGUGCAUAGUGGCAGCUGCGCACAGCGCAGAAGCCCUAACUUGCACUGAGGUUGACGCGUACCUCAAAAAUUGUGUACCUUUCCUUACAAAAACUGGGCUUCUGGGAACGUGCUGCGAUGGCGUUAAGAAAUUAGAGGCCGUUGCCACCACCACAACUGACCGUCAAACUGCAUGCACUUGCCUGAAAGCUGCUGGUGAAACUAUCAUAGGACUUGAUUGGAGUAGAGUUGGUGAUCUUCCAAGUGCCUGUGGUGUCAAUCUUCCAUACACUGUCAGCGCUGACAUUGACUGUUCCAAGAUCGAGUAAGGAUGAUGAAGCAUCUAAUUUUACAACCGCAGAAUUUGGUAGUAUGCAAAAAUGAGGAGAAGAAUAAUAAGAGAUGGGAUUAUCUUCUUUGAUCUUAAUUAUUAUAGAUCAAUUUGUGUUUCAUAUUUUCGUCCCUGUUGUUUUGUUUUUGUGUCCCUUUUUGAGUCUCUAGUCCAGUGUUGUGUAAUAAAUAAAGCGGUUGUAUUACUAUUCCAUUUUGAUAAGCUGAAUGUCUCCCAUUUAUAUUUC